GCAACGGGACAGUGUGGUCGGUGGAGGAGAUAACCAUACCGACGCGUUUUGUCUCGAGACCACUCAGGUUGAAGCACUAAAUUAUAGACAGAAAUCGAGAGAUAUAUGAGCUGGUUUAGGCGUGAUGCUGAUAUGGUGACUGCCGAAUAUUCGGACAUGGAGACAACGCUGACGAGAAGGGGUACAAUGUGAGAUUUUGAAGGAGGGGUUAGAAUAACCAAAAAAUCAGCCAGCGAGCGUGGCGCACCUCCGCCGCCACGUCCCCUGAUCCUUUCCGGGAGAUCUGUGUCUGUGUGGUCCGUCGGUCGGUCGGUCCCGCGUGUGGCGUGUGCUCACGGAGCGCGAGGGAGAAUGAAGAAGUUUAACAUCCGGAAGGUGCUGGACGGACUAUCCGCCGCGUCUUCUGCCUCGCCGUCGCAACCGCUGGGCGUGAGGGAGAACGACCUCAUCCACGAGACGCUACAGUCGGAGCACUUCCAGCUCUGCAAGACUGUCCGUCAUGGCUUCCCGUACCAGCCCUCCGCCAUGGCCCUGGACCCUGUCCAGAAACUCUUGGCCAUCGGCACGCAGAGUGGAGCCCUGCGCAUAUUUGGGCGUCCGGGAGUGGAGUGCCACUGUCAGCACGAGAGUGGAGCAGCCGUCAUUCAACUGCAGUUCCUCAUCAACGAGGGGGCGUUGGUGAGUGCUCUGGCAGAUGACAGCAUCCACCUCUGGAACCUACGACAGAAGAGACCAGCCGUGCUUCACUCACUCAAGUUCAACAAGGAGAGGAUAACGUUCUGCCACCUGCCGUUCCAGAGCAAGUGGCUGUAUGUUGGCACGGAGCGCGGCAACAUCCACAUAGUCAACGUGGAGACCUUCUCCCUCUCAGGCUACACCAUCAUGUGGAACAAAGCCAUCGAGCUCUCCUCCAAGGCUCACCCUGGCCCUGUGGUGCACAUCAGUGAUAACCCCAUGGACGAGGGCAAGCUCAUCAUUGGUUUCGAGGGGGGAAUCGUCGUGCUGUGGGACUUAAAAUGCAAGAAGGCAGAUUAUCGCUACACAUACGAUGAGGCUAUCCACUCUGUGUCCUGGCAUCACGAGGGGAAGCAGUUUAUCUGCAGUCACUCUGAUGGCUCGCUCACCAUCUGGAACAUCAAGAGCCCCGCCAGACCCAUGCAGACAAUCACUCCGCACGGAAAGCAACCCAAGGAUGGGAAAAAGCCAGAGCCAUGUAGACCCGUCCUCAAAGUGGAGUAUAAAACCACUCGACUUGGAGAACCCUUUAUAAUCCUAUCAGGAGGUCUGUCGUAUGACACAGUGGGCAGGCGGGCAUGUCUGACGGUGAUGCACGGCAAGAGUACAGCAGUGCUGGAGAUGGACUACCCCAUAGUGGACUUCCUCACCCUCUGCGAGACGCCGUACGCCAAUGAUUUCCAAGAGCCGUAUGCUGUGGUGGUGCUGCUGGAGAAGGACUUGGUUGUCAUCGACCUUGCACAGAAUGGGUACCCCAUCUUUGAGAACCCGUACCCCCUCACGCUGCACGAGUCCCCAGUGACGUGCUGUGAGUACUGCGCCGACUGCCCAGUGGACCUCAUCCCUGCACUUUACUCAGUGGGCCUACGGCAGAAACGCCAAGGUUACAGCAAAAAGGAGUGGCCAAUCAGUGGCGGGAACUGGGGGCAGGGCUCACAGAGCUAUCCGGAGAUAGUCAUCACGGGGCAUGCCGAUGGCACCUUGAAAUUCUGGGAUGCCUCUGCAAUAAUGCUGCAGGUGCUCUACAAGCUGAAGACGGCCAAGGUGUUUGAGCGCAGCCGGAGCAAGGACGACAAGCCGAGCACCGAGAUCGUGGACGAGGACCCCUUCGCUAUCCAGCAGCUGGCCUGGUGCCCGGAGAGCAGGGUGCUGUGUGUGGCCGGCGUCUCCGCACACAUCCUCAUCUACCGCUUUAGCAGGCAGGAGAUCACCACCGAGGUCAUACAGCUGCUGGAGGUGCGUAUGCAGUGUGAGCUUAACGAGCUGGACUCUCCAGAAGUGGGCGUCGACCAGUCCCAAGUGGCCCCACCCACCUCCUCCCCCACCACCACCCCCCAGACGCGACCAUCCACCAGCAGCAACAACUCAGACCACACAAGAGACAACGUGCCCUGCCUCAAGGUGCGCAGUUCGUCCCUUAAGCAGUCCCCUGGCUACCAGGUAGAGCUGGUGGUGCAGCUGGUCUGGGUGAGCGGAGAGCCGCCGCAGCAGAUCACCAGUCUGGCCAUCAACUCAGCCUACGGCCUGGUGGUGUUUGGCAACAGCACUGGUGUGGGUGUGGUGGACUACCUGCAGAAGUCGGUGCUGCUCAACCUGAGCACUACAGAGUUGUACACCUCCAACGACCCCUACACCAGGCAGCCCCGCUCCCCACGCAAGAGCAGACAGCCAUCCGGAGGCCUCUGUGACAUCAAUGAAGGCACGGCCACAUCCGAUGACCGUUGUAAAUCUCCCACCUCAGUGUUGUCAAACCAUCAGCAGUUCUACAAUGGAGCAGGCAAAGGUAGGUAAGCAAAGAUGUCCAGGAAACUAAGCCUGCCCACUGAGCUUAAGCCCGACUUGGUCCUACUCUCUGUAUGUCCCACGCGGGCACCCGCCCCACUAGACCACCGGGACAACUCCUUCAGUCGCUCGCGGAGCUCCAGCGUGACCAGCAUCGACCGGGAGGUGCGCGAGGGCAUUGCUGCGCUCUGCUUCUGCGAGACCAUGGCACGCCGGUCGGAGGGUGGCGGCCCCAAGCCCGCCCUGUGGGUGGGCACCUCUGUGGGCACCGUGCUCACUGUCACCCUCAGCCUACCACCUGCUGGAGAGCAGAGGCUACUGCAGCCCAUCACUGCCCAGCCCAGCGGUACCUUGGCCCGAAUGAAGGGCGGCAUCCUGCGCAUGGCCUUCCUGGACGCGGCCGGCGUCUUCCAGAGCUCCCCGUACGAGCAGUGGUACGAGCCCAAUGCGGCAGAGGAGGAGCGUACCAGGCGUCGGCGCGGGGGUGGCCUGGCCUCGCCCUGCGGUGGUGGCGGAGGGGGAGGAGGAGGAGGAGGUGGAGGGGAGGUGGAACGAGACAGCCAGUUUGCGGUGCUGUGCUCGGAGAAGCAGGCCAAGGUGCUGUCCCUGCCCUCGCAGACCGUCGUGUCCAAGCACAACAUCACCGAGGCCUCCUUCGUGCUGCGGGCCGACGUGGUGGUGCUGAACAGUGGUGCAUGCCUCACCUGCUUCUGCGCCAAUGGACACAUCAUGACCCUGAGUCUGCCCUACCUGCGACCGCUGCUGGAUGUGAACUACCUGCCCCUGACGGACAUGCGCAUCGCCAGGACCUUCUGCUUCUCUAACCUGGGCCAGGCGCUGUACCUCAGCUCUCCCACCGAGAUACAGAGACUCACCUACAGCCAGGAGGUCUGCGAGAACCUGCAGGAGAUGCUGGGUGAGCUCUUCACUCCUGUGGAGACUCCUGAGGCGCCCAAUAAAGGAUUCUUCAAGGGACUCUUUGGGGGCGGGGCGCAGUCUCUGGACAGGGAGGAACUAUUUGGGGAGACAGGGGCGGGCAAGGCACCCCGCAGCAUGGCACAGCACAUCCCAGGCCAGGGAGGUAUCGAGGGUAUGAAGGGCGCGGCCACGGGCAUCAUGGGGGACCUGGCACGCACCCGCAUGGCGCUGGAUGAGAGAGGACAGAAACUGAGCGAGGUGGAGGAGAAGACUGCCGCCAUGAUGACCAGUGCGGACUCCUUCUCCCAACACGCACACGCGAUGAUGCUGAAGUGUAAAGAUAAGAAAUGGUACCAGUUCUGAGGACUGGAGCAGGAGGGAUGCCACCCUGCCCCUCUUUCCCCCCAUCCCUGCUGCCCACACCCAACCACCCACCUUCCCUCCCUCCCUCUCUUUCUCUCUCUUUCCACCCCUUCCACCGGACAGACGCGCCCCCCAAUCCCUCGUUUCUUUUGCCGAGCACAAUGACGAACUUGCCUCAGGAUGGAAGACAGGAGUCGAAGGGUAGAAGCCAUCUCUGUGGUGUCCUUAUUCUUUUAGUCCUCUUCUGGGGACGUUGUAUUCCGAGUAGAAAAAAAUAUACGUCAGUUUGGUAUCUUUUUUUAUUUGUUUUGUUUGUCUGUUUUGUUUUUUCUUGUUUUUUCGUCCCUCUUCCAUGGCGGCUUUGGGGUCCCGACGGCACAGAGAUGUCCACAGAGCAGACAAACAAAAACAAUGAAAUGACAAAGAAGAAAAAAAAAACAAUUAGAAAAAAAGACAUGUCUACACACUAUAAAAAGAUGUGUGAAAAGUAAAAAAAAAUAAGUAUAUACAUAAUCUCUAUAUCAACCUAUAUAAAGGAUCAACACUAUACACAAAAAACUUUUACCCCUCCUUUCCUAAGAAGAGCUCACAACGCUGGUCCAAGCAAUAGGAAGUGCCGUGGUGUCACCUGGUGUGACGUCAGAGGCAGUGACGCUAAAGGAAGUAACAUCACAGGACGUGACGUCACAGGAAAUGGUGCAUAAAUGAGAUGAACAUGAUGUCAUUUCUGAAGAAGAACAUUGGAUCGUUUUUUCCCCCCUCUCUCUCCACCUGCAGCUGCCAGGACUCCAUAAUUUGUAUGGUCUAUUAUGUAAACUGUUCUGGGACUUUGUGUUCAGUUUUUUGUUUACUUUAUGUAAUGUGUUCAUUUCUUCAUCAAAGGCUCAUCUUAUUUGAAAUGUAUGUGAAUGUGUCAUGUUUGCUUCAAGUGUUGAAGGAAGUGAACCACUCUGUUAUUUAUGUAUUUAUAUUAUUUAUUUGC